AUGAUGAAGAAACUUCGAAAAAACAAUUACAACUAUUACAAAGACAAAUGCAGAGCUUGUCUGAAAAAGGGAGACAUGUCUAUCAUCAACAACAAAGCGUCCAAGGUAAUUAUAGAAGCAAUAAGGACUUUUGCCGACAUAGAAAUAACAGAACUCGAUGGGAUGCCUCACCACCUGUGUCGCAAGUGCUACUCCUUGCUGGAGAGCGGCAUAAAGUUCCGUAAAAUGAUACAAAAGUCUGAUGAGUUAUUGAGAAAGUUAAAAUCUGAAGCAUCUGAAUCAGAGUCGUCUCUCCCGAAUGACGGCUACAGCAGUGAUCAUUAUUUUGAGGAGAAUUUGCCUGAAGUAUUGGAAAAUCCAGAUAUUAAGGCUGAGUUUGUUAGUGAAAUCCCAUUAGACAAUGAUGAAGAUAGCAUCAAUAUAUGCAACAGCACACCCACUAAAAAGACUUCCAAGAAAGUAAACUGUCAGUAUUGUGGAAAAGAUGUUGGGAAAUACUAUUACAAAAAUCAUUUAGCUCUUCACAAGCAGAACAUUCCAAAAGACACACCUACUAAGGUAGAAAAUGAGGAUAUUAAACUGUAUGAUACUAAUAAAGUAGAACCUUCUGAUGAGCUACAGAGUUCUGUUCAAGCUGAAGAUAGUGAUAAUGCAGAGAAAAAGAACAAAGUCAAAUGUGAAGUGUGUGACAAGGAUGUCAGCAAAAACUACUACAAGUACCAUUUAUCUACUCACAAGCAGUCUGGAAGAACUCAUGCAGAGUGUAAAAUAUGCAAGAAAACAAUGUUAAAGUAUUGCUUGAAAAAGCACUUGAGUGUUUUCCACAGCAAGAAGACAAACUUUGCAUGCCAUGUUUGCGGGAAAGCUUUUAAAUACCAUAGCAGUUAUUACAUGCACUUGAAAACCCAUACAGAUGAUUUUCCUUUUAAGUGUCAGCAGUGUCCUUACAGGGGCAGAUGUGGCAUGGCUCUACGGACACACAUGCAGAACACUCACAUAAGAGAAUACAAGUACCCGUGCCCCGUUUGUCCUGCCAAGUUCUUGUCCACCGGUAAUAGGAACAAGCACAUGGUGCGGCACCAAGAAAAGAAGUUUAAAUGUGACUCUUGCAGCCAAGCAUAUUAUACCCAGCCUCAGCUAGAGAGGCACCAUGAAGUAAUUCAUAUGGGGAUCAAGGCUCAUGUGUGUGACAUCUGUGAACAAUCCUUCGGCUACAAGCGCGGGCUUAGGGCCCAUAAGCAGAGAGUGCACAAUGCUGUAAAAAACAAACCUGGACAUAUACCUAGUUAUUUGGAAGCAGAGAGGAAAAAACAAGAGAGCAGCAGUGAAUAUUUUAAUUGUUAUAAUUAA